CAAGAAUUUCUGCUAAUUAUACACUCCCUUUGAGCCAUAAUCUUUUCAACAAAAUUAUUACACAAAUAAAACUAAAAUUUCAUUUGUGAUCCAUCAGUCUUGAAUCAAAUAUUCAUCAUCAUCGUCGUCAUCAUUGUCGGAUGAUUUCAGGAUGACCCUUAAGAGUGGCACCGGCCAGGCCUGCGCCGCUUGCAAGUACCAACGGAGGAGGUGCACUCCCGAAUGCCUUCUUGCCCCCUUCUUCCCGGCUGAUCAACCUAAAAUGUUUCAAAACGUGCACCGUCUGUUCGGUGUUAAGAAUAUCCAGAAUCUACUCAAGGAGCUCGACCCUGAUCAGAAGGCCAUGGCCAUGAAGUCCAUCAAAUUCCACGCUGCCAUGCGCGACAAGUAUCCCGUCUAUGGAUGUCUGGUCGAGAUACAACAACUCAGUUACCAAAUUCAGAUGGUUGAGGAGGAACUUCAGGCCGUUCUCCAACAACUCGCUUAUUACCGACAGCAGCAACAGCAACAAGAGAUGUCCCCUACCAAUGAUUAUCUGUCCGAAUUACAAUUAGGCAUGGCGCCUCCCAGAAACACCGCCCUUUCCCUCGUCCACGAGGAUAACCCUCCACAAUACAACGGUGUUGUUCCGACACUGCCAAUCGCCCCACAACUCUCCUAUUCCAACAGCCCCAAUGCUGAUCACUAUAGUUAUUUGGAUUUCAAGGAAAACAAUGUUGUCAAUUCUUUGUGUCAACAACCGUACGACAGUAACAGUAACGACAACAAUACCAACUCAUUGGUCAUGCAUUCGCAGCAGCUGGUUAUACCACAACCUCUCCCUCAUGUCCAACAAGAAACAACACAAGAUUAUAACGAGAUGCACCCGUUUUUUGAUCAUAUCGAUGACACACAAUCGUAUAUCGGACCAAAGGAAGCCUACGAAUCCAGCUUGGAGUCAUCAAUGAAAGAUUCCAGACAGCUUGUGGAGCAAAUGGAUGAGAAUGAACUGAAGAGUGCUGCAGCAUGUUUUAGCCUUACUAGUGUCAACUAACACAAAGGAUGUCAUGUACCAGGACAGUGGGGGGCUCUAUAUGUACACAUUAUAGUCCAAUUAUUGAUCUUUUUAUUUUUUGCCCUCGUACGUACAAACUAGGUUGUAGCUAGAAGUAAUCAAACAGAUGAGGGUUUAACUGUACUUUAGCAGACAUUCAUGAAUUAUUAGAAAAUGCAAGAAUAAGAACUACAAUGUACCUGAGCUUGCAAA